UGGGCGUACAGAUGCUGCUUUCAUUGUCAGACUGCAGGUGGAAGACAGAAGAGGAAGCUGAGAGACACCAACAUGGUCCCACUGAGGCUGGUUGCCUUCGGCUUGCUGGCUGCAGCUUGGUAUUUCACUCAUGCUGAGGGAGAGAAGUUAUCUACGCCUGUCUCAAUGACACAGCUGAGAUGUCAUGUGAUGUUGGCAGUAAGAUAAAGCUGGAACACAUCCUGUAUAAGGUUGGGGUGGGGACGAGGUGUGGGGAGGGAAAAGCCCACCCAGAUGACGGACCCGACACCUACUGCUCCUUCCCCUGGGCUGAGAUGGUGGUGGAGGAUCUCUGUGGUAACAGGAGGUCCUGUCAGGUCCCAGUCACUGAGUGGGUGUUUGGUGAAUAUCCCUGUAAGGAGCAGACGAGGUACCUGGAGGUGUCCUACACCUGCGCCACACCACCUCCACCACCACCACCUCCAACCAAACCUGACUGUGAAGACAAAUCAGCCGGUGAAGCCUGAUGCUUUAAAAACUUUAUUGUUCAUCACUGUGGAACAGAACAGUAUGAAGACACAUCACCUCCAUUUCUAACAUCAGACUUCUAAUCUCACUAAAAACUCAUUUUGUCACGUCACAAACUGGAAACAUCUUGGAUUCUUAUAUUUUAGAAGUUUCACCCAGUUUCUGAGAGCAGUGUUUGAAUUCAUGUAUCUAAAUGCGUAAAACAUGUUUGAAUUUAUUUACUCAAGGAGGAUUUUAAGUCAAUGAAAUAAAAGUUUUCCUCCAACAUCA